UGCAGUUUAUAUAAAAAAAAAUAAACCCCAUCAGAGUACAUGGACAUUAAUUAUUUUAUUUUGUAUGAUAGAGAUGCCAGAGGAACAAGGAUAGAAGAUGUUAUGUAGGCGGUUGUUGUUACCUCCCACGAUGACGGCACGACUUAAUUACAACGACGUUCUUGAUAUAUUUUUACGUCGUUGAUAAAUUAAUAUAAGACAAAGAUGUGCUGUUUACUUGGUCAACAGUGACGGUGGUAAAUAAAAAAUUAAUGGACUAGUUCAACAAAAGCCUAAAGUGGGACUAAACUAGUAACUUGUACUCAUAAAUUUAUGUAAUAAAAAAUAUAAUAAUAAUAAUAAUAAUAUUUACGUAUGAACCUCACCUGCUCAUUUGCUGAAGUAAACAAAAGACCCGAGCCGGUUGGGAAAUAUUUAUCCAGGACAACGGACCCGCUGGAUUCAAUCAAUUGUACUGGACAUGACAUAUUGUCAUCACAAUCAACACUCACACACACCUCUGCUGAUGACAUAAGUACUGUACAUUUUAUUGCUGCCACGUUUCGCGCGUUUAGAGCACACGUACUUACUCACACGUUUGUCGGUUUGUAAACAAUCGGUUUGUGGAGCAACGAGGACUCGGAUUAUUAUCAAACGCGUAAAUCAAUGAGAGAAAACCGGAAGGACUCGCGGUCCACGAGGAAUAAAGUCAAGUGCGUAAGGACGAGAGGACGUUGCCACAAAAAAGGGGAGAUUUAAUUUUUUUAAGAGUAACAAGCAUGCGCGGGCGUCGGUUGUCAUGGUGACAGGAUGCAAGAGAACCAGCCGCGCGUGAAUACGUAUUGAUUACUACUUUCAUACUCACUUGCUCUUCCUCUGGCACAGCAUCUCCUGUCUCUACUAUUAUGUUUUGUCAAGUUGCAGUGAUAUCGGAAAAAAAUACACUGGAGCCGAUUAAACCCUCGCCAGUUGACGAGACAUCAAACGAAAAACCAGAAAAGUUUGUUUUGCCUUUAGCAGAAGGAUCUACUUCUGAUUCUGAUAGUAAAGUAAACAAACGUGAUAAAGCUUCAAAGGAUGAUAAAUUUAUGGAUGAUGAUAAAAAAGACAAGAGGACUCAUGGAAGAUUUAGCGAAAGAGAUAAGUCACCUUUACUCAAUUGCUGUGGCAAUAGAUUCGAGUCUCUCGGACGACUUGAGUCGACGUUACAACCGACUACCAGAGCGACGGAUACCAAUCGGUAUCCAGACCGAUUUGGAAAUCGUCCGGAUGACAGAUUCAAUAAUUGGCAAUCGGUGAGACCGAGCAGUUCUUCAAAUUCAAACGGCGGACUCUAUGGAAGUUCUGGUAAUCAACCUGACAGAAGAUUUGGAUCCCGUCCAUCAUACCAUGACUCAGAAUACGGAAGACCCGGAAAUAGACCGAGCUACGGUUGGGGCUACGGAGGAUACGGAGACAGUGGAUCUUUUGGAAGUCAGGGGUUCGAAUUAAAUCACCGUCCAGGUGGAAUUUUCUUCUCAGGAAGUAAUAGACCUUCGGGUGGUUAUGGUAUUCAUGGAGUAGCUGGUGAUCAAGAUGAAUUUCCCGAAGGCAUGGCGGGAGGUAAACUGCCAGCUAACAUUCAAACCCAGAAAGCAGUUGCUUUGAAAGCCUUGGCGGGAGUGGCAUUGAUCGGUGCCGCAGCAGCGUUGGCUGCCAACCCAGCUCUUCUACCAGUCGGAGUUCUUGCUGCUGGACGUAAGCGAAGAUCCGUAGAAUCAGACGAGUCGGAAUUCAAUCUUCUACGUUUUCCUGAACAAUUUAUCCGAGAUCGUAUUCCUGGAGUCUACGAAGACGACGAAGCUGCUAAAAUAUUCUGGGAGUCUCCAAAGUGUGUCGCUCGUCUCACUUGCGAAGUUCAAAAGGAAUAUUUGAAAGCCAUUACAAAAGAUCCAGGUCUUCGCAAAGACGUUGAGCGUCGACUAAAAGAAUUAAUUGACAGUGAAAUUUUCAGCGCCGAUUACGUAUACAAAAGUAUGAAGAUGCUCACCAAAAUAGCGCGCAAUGCAAAUCCCAAAGACGGAAAAUGUGAAAUAUUCACUUGUAAUUUUUUCACAUCCUAAAUAAUUAAUUAUAUUGAAU